GAAGUGCAGUAGUCAGCUGAUUAAAGCAUAUGAUCCAGCAGGACGGAAAAACAUUUCAUCCAUUCUGUCUGUCAUUUUAGCAAAUAUAAGAUAAGAUAAAAUGCCCGGACGGGGGAAAUUAAUCGCCGUUAUAGGUGAUGAAGACACAUGUACCGGAUUCCUCCUCGGAGGGAUCGGAGAGCUGAACAAAAACCGAAAACCCAAUUUCUUGGUGGUGGAAAAGGACACCAGCAUCGCAGAGAUAGAGGAGACCUUUAAGAGUUUUCUGGCUCGCAGUGACAUUGGCAUCAUCCUCAUCAACCAGUUCAUUGCAGAGAUGAUUCGUCAUGCUAUAGAUGCCCACAUGGAGUCAAUCCCGGCCGUUCUGGAGAUUCCUUCAAAAGAGCAUCCUUAUGAUGCCUCCAAAGAUUCCAUCCUGCGACGGGCCAAAGGCAUGUUUUCAGCAGAGGACUUCCGAUAAGCUGAUACCCCCGUGGGGUCACGGUCUGGCCUUGGCAGGUGUGAGAAUAAAUGAGUAUUACUUCUUGAUCUCAUCCAUCUUGCUGAAGCUGGAACCCGUAUUAAGAAGAUUAAAUAAUGAUGUGUUGUUAAUGUGAUGUUCUGUGAUUUUUGCCAUUCCCAGGUUUGAAGAGGAAAUUGUUUGUCAGUGCUCCUAAUAAUAAUUGUUUAAAGUUAUAUAAUAUAAUUAAUUAUAUUAUACAUAAAAAUGGCAAAAAAGGAUAUGUGUUAUUUUACCCCUUGUGCAAAAGACAUUAUAUACCACAAGAAAUUAAGUUAAAAGAAUUUAUUAUAUAGUACUGUCUAUACCUUUUAACAUUUAAGUUCUUUCAUCUCAAAGCUGACAAUAUUAGACUGCAAAGCCACUGUUCCCCCAUUUAAAUCGGUCUCAAAUAACUUAAAAUGCUAACUGGACAUCUUUGGAUCUCUGACAUCUGUAACUGUAAUAUGAUGUGCUAUAAAUGCACAUUUUGUCAUUGUAUUGGCUGUCACUUUGAGCUCUGCAAAGAGCUUUAGGCUACAUGAUGUGAUGUGAUUAAAUGUGUUAACUUAUGUCUUCAGAACUGUGACUUGCAGUUUAUUAAAAUAAAUGGAGUCUGACA